UAGUUUAUACUCCAACUGUUGGAUUAGCGUGUCAAAGAUUCGGUCUAGUUUACAGGAGACCACGAGGACUCUUCAUCACAAUACAUGACAAAGGAAGAAUUCAUAAAAUUCUUAGGAAUUGGCCAGAAAAAAACGUACGCGCAAUCUGUGUUACUGAUGGUGAGAGAAUAUUGGGUCUGGGUGACCUUGGUGCUUACGGCAUGGGUAUACCGGUGGGCAAACUGUGCUUGUAUACUGCGCUAGCUGGGGUCCCGCCUGCGCACUGUUUACCUAUAACUUUGGAUGUAGGCACUAAUAACCCGCUGCUUCUAGAAGACCCUUUGUACAUAGGUUUACGAAGGAAACGAGUUACCGGUAA